CCUGCUAUCUACUAGUAUAUAUGCAGACUGAAUGUUCGAUCCCCCUCUCAUCAAUCGAGAGCUAGAGAUGGGGAGAAGGCCAUGCUGCGCAAAGGAAGGACUCAACAGAGGGGCAUGGAAUGCUCUUGAAGACCAGAUCCUUGUGUCCUACAUCAACACUCAUGGAGAAGGCAAGUGGAGAAACCUCCCCAAGAAAGCAGGCCUGAACCGUUGCGGGAAGAGCUGCCGCCUGCGGUGGCUCAACUACCUGCGGCCCGACAUUAAGCGGGGCAACAUCUCCUCCGACGAGGAGGAACUCAUCAUCAGGCUCCACAAACUCCUCGGCAACAGGUGGUCUCUGAUCGCAGGGAGACUGCCAGGGCGAACAGACAAUGAAAUCAAGAACUACUGGAACACAACCUUGGGCAAGAGAGUCGUCGCAGCCUCGUGCCAACCGAAAGGCAACGACGGCCUCACCCCCGACUCCGAUCCAUCACCAGAGGUUGCGAGAACAGGAGCAGCUGCUGCUGGACCAGACAAGAACACAACCAUCAUCCAGACCAAGGCCCAGAGGUGCACCCGGACAUUCUUCCACUACCAACAAGCACUUGAACCCCAGCCUUCAUCUCCGCCGCCGCCACAAGCACUGCUUACUUAUUCGCAGCAGCUCCACCAUCUGCUCACAUCUAAUAAUUGUUCUUCUUCACUAGUAGCGCAAGAGGAGGGGAUCGUCGCAGGAGGAAGAGAAUUGGUAGAGGCAGAGGCGGAUUUACAUAGUGACUUGGGGGGGCCAUGGCCCCCCCACCCCAGUCCAUGUGUAAAUCCUGGAUCAGUCCUGCUUUUAGCUCUCUUCUCAUGAGCAAAAUUUGAAGACACUCAAGCAGAGAUCUCUUUUCAAAAUUGUCGUCCGGAGAAACCAAAAGUUGGUGGAUCAUGGUGAAGGUUUAUCCCAACACUGAAGCAUAUUGCGUAGCCAGUGGCGUUGAGGUCGCUAACAACGAGAAAGAUAAAAGUAGGGUGCUGUCAGUGUGGAGGAGGUCUCUACUCUUCAGUUGCAGACUUGACAGACUCCAUAUCUACUAGACUGGAGUGUUCCAAAGAAUAAGAUACAAUGAACAUUCAACAAAGGAUAAACUAAGCCAAAGAAAAACAUUGACAAACUCCAGAUCUGCUAUUACAAAAUUCAGGGAAUGGAAAUAGUGUAUAUAUUGAUAAUAGGAUGCCAAAUAGAGGCAUUUUGCGAUCAACAAAUAGACCCCCUGAAAAACAUCGAGUUAUGUUGGUCAACAGUGAAGAAUUUACUGGGCUCUAUAGGUGAAGUUGAGCAGGUGAAAGCUAUAUAUAUUUUUGUUUGAUGGCAAAUAGAGUUGUAGAUAAGGAGUACCUGCAUGUGAAGAAUGUCACGAAUGUGAGAGGAAAGCAAUUCGAAUACUCAGACGCUUCAGCUUGAUGUAGUAAUUAGAGUAC